AUGUCGUGUCAGCUCCCGCCACGUUUCUGUUGGUCCUCCGUUGGCAUUCUCCGCUCGAUCGAACACAACCGUUCGCGCCAGUCACCGCCGGCCGAACACACGCGCCCCGUCGAGGACUUCACACAGUUCCUCCGCACCACCGCGCUACCUCUAUCCCGCCGAACCCCGCCCCGAACGGUCGCCAUGGCCAAGGAGAAGAAGGAGAAGAAGGAGAAAAAGGAGAAGAAGGAGAAGAAGGAGAAGAAGGAGAAGCGCCCCGCCGAGGACGACGCCGAGGACGAGCCCGACGCCAAGAAGACCAAGGAGGAGGAGCCCGAGGUCGAAGAGGCUAACGACGACGACGAGGACGAUGGGUUCAAGGUUCACAAGAAGUCCGCCGCCGACGCCAACCCCCUGUCCAAGACAUACGAAGACAUCACCUUAAACUGCCGCGACUGCAACGCCGAAUUCGUCUUCACCGCCGGCGAGCAGGAGUUCUACAACUCCAAGGGAUGGGAGAACCAGCCCACCCGCUGCACCGAGUGCAAGAACGCCAAGAAGGCCCGCUUCGGCGAGGGUCCUUCCUCGGGCAAACCCGUGUGCUACGCGUACCAGCGCGGCGAGUGCACCAGGGGCGACGCGUGUCGCUUCGCGCACGAGGAGGGCGGCGGCGGCGACAGCCGCCCGCCCUCCCGCGGCGCCCCUAUCUGCUACGCCUUCCAGCGCGGAGAGUGCGACCGCGGCGACUCGUGCAGGUUCAGCCACGACGCCAACGCGUCCACCCCGCAGAAGUCCUCCGCGCCGUGCUACGCGUUCCAGAAGGGCGAGUGCACCAGGGGCGACGCCUGCCGGUUCUCGCACGACCCCAACGCCGAGGCGCCCCAGCGCUCGUCCGCGCCGUGCUACGCCUUCCAGAGGGGAGAGUGCGAUCGCGGCGACGCCUGCAGGUUCUCGCACGAGCAGUGA